AUUUUCAUUUAAGUUUAUGUUAAUAUUUUAGCUGGAACUCUCGACGUGAAAGCUCGGGAUCUGUUAGUAAAAAUUAAAUAAUUUCGACUGACAUAAAAUAUUAUAAAUAUAAUAUUUUUUUCAUAAAUAUUAUUUCUGAUAAAGAGCUCUGUUGUUGUUAAAAGUGAUACCAACAUUAUUUUUUUAUAAGAAUAGUAAAUCUUAUUAAGAUUAACAUAAGAUUAAUAAAAAAAAUUAAGUAGGUAUUUGUAAUUUCAUUAUAAUCAUUAUAAACAUUUGUUAGAAAAAAAUAUAUAAAUUCACCUUAACACCGAUUAGAUCUAGAUUCACAUAAUAAUUAUUUCAGGUCCGGGAUCCACGAAGCCUGCUAUAAUUGAAGAGAAGAAUUUAAGACGUGUCAAAAUACAUGUAUCUGGUGCUAAAACACCACUUCUAACCAUAGGCAGAAAUAGGAAAGGUUAUGACUAUCUUACUAUCGAAGAUUUGGCUAACGACCCGAUGAUGGAUUGGGACAAACCUACGCUUUUCUAUAUGCCAGGCUGGAUGGACAAUAUAAGAAUGCCUAUGGGAUCCAUAAUGGAGAGAAUAUAUAUGUCGAAAGGCUACAAUUUUUGGAUGCUCAAUGACAUCGUAUUUGUAAUGAGAGCCUUUCCAAGAGCUGCUCGUGCCGUAAAAGCUGUUGGUUUCCAUGUGGGUGAGAUGUUGGCAAACUUGACGGCUAUUCAGCCCAAAUUUGACCCCAAAAAGUUGGAGUUCUUGGGUCUCAGUCUCGGCGGGCAGACUAUGAGCUUCAUUGCAAAAAGAUAUUAUGAAUUAACAGGCAUUAAAGUAUCAAGGCUAACAGGUUUGGACGCUACUGGCCUCUGCUUCCGAAGUCUAGGACCGGAGGAUCGAGUUGAUGCAAGCGAUGCAGAUUUUGUUGACCUGGUCAUGACCAAUAUAGAUGGCAUAGGCAUGGCAGCUCCCGUAGGACACGCUAACUUUUACGUCAACGGUGGAGAGACACAACCGGGAGAUUUCUACUGGAUGAACUGCGGUUCAGUUUGCAGCCAUAUCAGAGGUUACACAAUUUGGGUAGCAGCUUUAUUAUACCAAAAUUCAUUAAUAGCAAUAAAAUGUGAUUCAGUACAGGAAGCUAGAAAUAAAGACUGUUAUGAUAGGGUGCCUGUAGAAACUAAUCUUUUAGGUCUUAAUGUUGAUAGGAACAAACCGGGUAUAUAUUAUUUAUCAACAUCGAAUAGGUUUCCUUACUUCUUGGGAGAAGCUGGUACGAGGAGAGAAAACGAUUUUGUUAUGAGCCAACUCAAAGCUAUAAAUGAAAUGAAUGAAUUGAGAUUAUAACAUGUUAUUUAGUUUCAUUUUUUUUGUCCUGGUGGUGUCCACUCAUUGAGGAAGAUCCCGGUACUUGCCUGUGACCAAGGUCCUGGAGUGGGUAUGGGUAGGUCAGGUUUCUCACACUAAGCGUUUUCCAUCUGACCUCCGAAACUUUGCAAGUUAACUAAUGGAAUAUGAUCGUGGAAAGAUUCGAAUCUAUGCACCUUGUAACGGAUUAAUCCUCCAAUGUUACAAUAAUGGUCAAUAAAGGUUCAACACUGACAAUAUGAUCUGGAUUUGAUAAUAAUAUUAUUGAGUUUAAGACAUUUCUAUCAUAAUGCAAAGUGUUGUUCACUUUAUAUAGGGAUUUGUUUAAGCGAUAGUCAACUUUAAUAAGUUUUGAUAG